GGGUACUUAUAUUCGAAGUACGGUCCAGCUGGCCUUUAAGGGAAACACCCUAUUACGAAAUAUUAUUCACGUGGCAGGUACCGUUCGUUUUUUUCACCUAUCAAUUUUCACGUCAGAUUAUGACUUAGGAAAUUAUUCUUCAUUCAGGCGAUUGUUGUGACCGCAAUGUUCAUUGCGUAUAUUUGCCCAGACGUCUUCUUGUGCGUUCUGAAUAUACACGUGAUCUGUCAGUUUCGCAUCAUACAAUAUAAAAUGUUGCAUUUCUGGAACUCCGAUGUUAAAGACACAGGCACAGUCAGAUACAGUGCUCAAUGUUCCGCAGCUUUGAAGAAAUGUAUUCAACAGCAUCAAUCGCUUAUUCAAUUCUGCGAGAAGCUCGAACACGUGUUCUCGUACACAGUUUUAUUUCAUAUGGUCAUUUUCAGUCUGUUAAUGGGUUUCGAUUGCUAUGAAAUAAUUUUGUCAGACACCUGUACUUCAAGACGUUUGCUUUUCGUGUUCCACGUAUUGGGUAGCUUUAUCCACUUAAUGAUAUUCACGUACACUUGCCACGGUUUGAUGGAAGAAAGCACAAAUAUUAUUACAGCGAUAUAUUUCGGAUCGUGGAAUACUUUGCCAAUGGAUAAAAUCGGCAGAUCGCUCAGAUCGGAUGUGAAAAUGAUUAUGACCAGGUCAUUGAAACCUUGUUGUCUGACUGCUGGUGGAUUUUUUCCUGUCUCCUUAGAGACCUUUACUGGGCUUGCAAGUUCCACGUUUUCUUACUUUACUCUGUUGAGGGAAUCGUUCAUGAGAAACGAAGCCUAAUAAUGUACAAAAUGGAUCUCUUAUAUAUUUAACAUAAAAAUGUUGUG